ACGUGCCUGUCAGAGUCAGUCCCUGCGCAGCCGUCGUCAACAAAACAACAGGGGAAGUAGCAAGAAGCUAACCUACCUAACGUUAACUAAGCCCUAACACCAGUGUGUUAACUAUUACCAGUCGUAUUGUGUUAGCAACUGUUGGUUGUCAUUGAUAAAGUGGCGGAGUGACUUGUUUCGGUUUUUCUGUCGCCAUGGAGUGAGAGGGAACGAUAAGCACUAGCCGCGGCGUGCUAACUUCUAUGAUACCAGGCUAGCAAACCAUCAGCUGUUGUUUUGGUGGCAGAGACAGUUGGCUAACAAGCCAAACUGCAUUUUAUUGAAGCCGUCAUCUACGCCAGGACCAGACCAGCUUCCCUAUCGGCCUGUUGAAACACGGAACUGCUCCGUCGGUUAAUGGCGACAUAUAAAGACGUACCACCCUAAAAGGUUCAUCAGCGGUCCGUUAGUCAGCUGUUGUCUGGCGGGCGUCGACUCAGCGUGGGGUUGUUCCGUCAGAAGCGUUCGGUAGUUGAUUCUGUACAAUCAAUCAAGAUGCACGACGCGUACGAACCAGUGCCUAUUCUGGAAAAGCUUCCUCUUCAGAUUGACUGUCUUGCAGCCUGGGAGGACUGUCUUCUUGUUGGAACAAAACCAGGACAUCUGCUCCUGUACCGGAUAAAAAAAGAUGCAGGUACCAACCGGUUUGAGGUGACACUGGAAAAAUCCCACAAGAACUUCUCAAAAAAGAUCCAACAGCUUUACGUCGUCCCUCAGUACAAAAUCCUUGUCAGUCUUCUUGAGAACAACAUCUACGUCCACGACCUCCUGACCUUCCAGCAGAUCACUGUGCUGUCAAAAGCCAAAGGAGCCACACUCUUUGCAUGUGACCUGCAGCAAACAGAUUCAGGAGAGGAAAGGUUGAGAAUGUGCGUCGCAGUGAAGAAGAAACUCCAGCUGUAUUACUGGAAGGACAGGGAGUUCCAUGAGCUGCAGGGCGACUUUGGUGCACCAGAUAUUCCAAAGUCCAUGGCUUGGUGUGGGAACUCCAUAUGUGUUGGUUUUAAGAGAGACUAUUACCUUAUCCGGAUGAACUUAACUAAGGUGGACGGCCGUGGCUCCAUUAAGGAGCUGUUCCCCACUGGGAAGCAGUUGGAGCCUCUGGUUGCACCACUGGCUGAUGGGAAGGUGGCUGUCGGGCAGGAUGACCUCACUGUGGUCCUGAAUGAAGAGGGUGUUUGCACCCAGAAGUGUGCGCUGAACUGGACAGACAUCCCCAUAGCCAUGGAUCACCAGUCUCCGUACAUCAUCGCUGUUCUUCCUCGGUACGUGGAGAUCCGGACCUUUGAGCCGAGACUGCUGGUGCAGAGUGUGGAGCUGCAGAGACCUCGCUUCAUCACCUCAGCAGGGCAAAACAUUGUGUAUGUUGCCAGCAACCACUUUGUUUGGCGCCUGGUGCCUGUGUCAAUCGCUAGCCAAAUCCGGCAGCUUCUUCAGGACAAACAGUUUGAGCUGGCUCUUCAGCUGGCGAAGAUGAAAGAUGAUUCAGAUGGUGAUAAGAAGCAGCAGAUCCAUCACAUCCAGAAUCUCUACGCCUUCAAUCUGUUUUGCCAGAAGAGAUUUGAUGACUCCAUGCAAGUAUUUGCUAAACUCGGCACAGAUCCCACCCAUGUGAUUGGACUGUACCCGGACCUGCUCCCAGCAGACUACCGCAAACAGCUGCACUAUCCCAACCCACUGCCUACACUGUCAGGUGCAGAGCUGGAGAAGGCUCAUCUCGCUCUCAUCGAUUACCUCACCCAGAAACGUAGCCACCUGGUGAAACAGCUGAAUGACUCUGACCCAUCCACAACGUCUCCACUCAUGGAGGGCACACCAACUAUAAAAAGCCGCAAAAAACUCUUGCAGAUCAUUGAUACCACACUGCUGAAAUGUUACCUGCAUACCAAUGUGGCCCUGGUGUCACCACUCCUACGUCUGGAGAACAACCACUGCCACAUUGACGAGAGUGAGUGCGUGCUGAAGAAGGCUCAUAAGUACAGCGAGCUCAUUAUUCUUUACGAGAAGAAGGGCCUGCACCAGAAAGCUCUGCAGGUUCUGCUGGACCAGUCCACCAAGGCCAACUCUCCUCUGAAGGGCCACGAACGAACAGUGGAGUACCUUCAAAGACUGGGAGUGGAGAACCUGGGCAUUAUCUUUGAGUUUUCACCCUGGGUGUUGAAGAUCUGUCCUGAGGAUGGCCUGAAGAUUUUCACCGAGGACCUGAUAGAGGUGGAGACAUUGCCCCGGGACAAGGUGCUGAACUUCCUGAGGCAGGGGUUUACGGAGCUCGCCCUCCCGUACCUGGAGCACAUCAUCCACGUGUGGGAAGAGAAGGGGCCGGAAUUUCACAACGUUCUGAUCCAGCUCUAUCUGGAGAGGGUUCAAGUCCUCAUGAAAGAUUACCUGAACUCGCUGCCAGAAGGGGUUCCAGCUGUUGCUGCAGGAAAAGAGAAAGGCAAACUGGGAGAGUUUAGAAAGAAGCUGCUGUCCUUCUUGGAUGUUUCGACCAGCUACGAACCAUCCAGACUUAUCAGUGACUUUCCCUUCGAUGGCCUGUUGGAGGAGCGAGCUCUGCUUCUGGGUCGGAUGGGUAAACACGAGCAGGCGCUCAUCAUCUACGUGCACGUCCUGAAAGACAUUCACAUGGCUGAAGAAUACUGUCACCGGCACUACAACAGUUCACUUGAAGGAAAUAAAGAUGUUUAUCUGUCUCUGCUGCGAAUGUACCUGUCACCUCCUGAUGUCCACUGUCUGGGGCCUAUUAAGAUGGAGCUGUCUGGGCCUCAAGCCAACCUCCAGGCAGCUCUGCAGGUCCUGGAGCUGCACCACAGCAAGCUGAACACCACCAAGGCCAUUAAUCUGCUCCCAGCAAACACUCAGAUCCGAGAGAUCCGGGUUUUCCUGGAGAGCGUCCUGGAGGAGAAGGCUCAGAGGAAACGCUGUAACCAGGUGCUGAAGAGUCUGCUGCAGGCCGAGUUCCUCAGGGUGCAGGAGGAGCGAAUCUUCCACCAGCAGGUGAAAUGUGUCAUCACAGAGGAGAAGACCUGCAGAGUUUGCAAAAAGAAAAUAGGCAACAGUGCAUUUGCCAGGUAUCCCAACGGUGUAGUGGUUCAUUACUUCUGCUGCAAGGACCGCACCGUGUGUCCCACUGAGCAGUGACGGCCUCUCCUCGCUCAGACUGUUUACUCAUAAACCUUCUCCCCCCCCUCCUCCUCGGGGACUUGAGACGUCCAUGAAGUAGAAACGCAUCAGAAGGUUGAAGUUGCUCAGCGCUGGACACUUGUCUGUCUCCACAGCUCUCUCUUUUUACCUGGGUUCUGCUUGACUCACUGUAGACGAAAGCCAAGGCUGCCGCUUUUCUGACUCUGUGCAUGAGGUAACGGGAGGAAUGUCCACACUUGCUCGGCAGGAGGAGAGACUGAGGAGAAAGAGGGAGCUGGACUGUGACCUUUGAACAACGUGCCACUGUACUGCUAGAAGGGAAACCUGUCGCUUCGGAUGACUUUUGAUAGAAGACGAGGAGCUGAAACAACAGAUUCUCACAAUUACAAACUGUGGUCGGUAGUUUUCAUUCCUCUGUCUCGUAGACCCGGUUCAGACCUGUUAUUCACCUCCAUCCUCAGUGAUACGAUCAUGGACAAAUUACGGCAGGUUCAAAAACCACAUUCUGGAGUGGUUUGAAGAUGCAUGAACACAAUCUGUCCUCAAAAAAAGAGUAGAGGCCGCCACCCUCAGCUGACGUACACUGAUUCUGUAGCUAGAAACACAUUUUCACUAAUGGUUAAAUCAUAUUUCAUGUUAUAGCAGCGUGAGUAGGGCAAUCUGAUCUUUUUCUUUCAUGCACACACUCGCACACACACGGUCAGACUGGUUAAAAAAGACAUUUUUGUUGUGACAAAUGGUGCCCACUACCCACUCCAGCUCGCCUCAGCAUGGUCUGGUACUGUUUUCCAUUACUGUAGUAUCUCCUCAACGUGGGUGGAGUCAGCACGGUGUU